AUGAAUGAGAUUUCAGAGAAUAAUUUGAACAUUUUAGAUGUGAGUCCUCGAAAUGUCGAAUUUUUUUAUGAAUGUCUGGAAGAUGUAGAUGAGUUUGCACAAAAGAAAAAAGAAAAUAUAAUAGAAAAGAAAAGUUUAAAAAUAAAAAACAUAUGUAGUAAAAUUCAAAACAUCGAAAUAUUUGAGACUGAAUAUAAGUAUUUAAAAAUAAAAGGAAGUAAAAAAAAAAAGUUGGCUCCUGGUACAUGUGAACAUAUAUGUAUAGAAUUUUCUUUGUAUAAUAAUGUAGAUAUAAAAAAAUAUAAAAAUGAUAAAAGAAAAGAAGAUGUUUUAAAUAUAAUAAAUAAUAUCGAACGUACCAUCUUUCUUAAAAUCAAAACUGAAUAUACAUCUUUAAGUAUACCUAUAUAUAUAAAAAAAAAAGUUGCCGUAUUUUUUUAUGAUAACAUUAUUAAUUUUGGAUUAUGUAAACAAAACAUGACAUAUCAUUAUCCUAUGAAGGUAACAAAUGUAGGAAAAAAAAAAGGAACCUUUACAAUAUCUAGUGACAUGUAUCAAUCCAUGAAAGAGAAGGGGAAUCACAUAUUUUUUCAGGAUGAAAAGGGGGAAAGAAAAAAAAAAGAAUUUUGUAUGGAGAACAAUAAGGGGGAUCAUCAGAACGAAGAUAACCAUGAUAUAAAAAGUAAUCAUAAUAUAAAAAGUAAUCAUAAUAUAAAAAGUAAUCAUAAUAUAAAAAAUGAUGAUAAUAUAAAAAAUGACCAUCAUAUAAAAAAUAACCAUCAUAUAAAAAAUAAUCAUAAUAUAAAAAAUAAUCAUAAUAUAAAAAAUAAUCAUAAUAUAAAAAAUAAUCAUAAUAUAAAAAAUAACAUGAAGGAAAAAAACCUCUUAGUAGAUGAAAAAAAAGAUAACACUCUUAUUACCUUUGAUAAAACAUCUAUUACAUUAGACAUUAACGAAAGUAAGAUUAUAAAUAUUGAAAUAAAAAAUUUAAAAGAAGAAAAAGUACAUCGUGAAUAUAACAUAUUAACAUUAGAAAAUAGUUACUUUGUUGAGAAGCCUCGAAAUAUUAUUAUUAUAGCUGUUUUUAUAAAUAGUUCUACUUCUUUUUAUUAUGAUAAUAUAAAAACAAAAGAAAUAAAUAUGAAUUAUAUAUAUUAUGGAAAUAAGAAAAAAAUACAAGGACAAAUCAAAAACGAAAAUAAUUAUAAUAUAUCAUAUCAAUAUAAAAUGAAAAAAGUGCAUGCUUUCUAUACAUUGGACAGUUUUAAAAAGUAUAUACAAUUAAAUAAUUUGUCUGCUGGAUCUUUGGAAGAGGAAUUAUGUGAGAUGGAAAAACUAUUAGGACAGGAAGAAAAAGAAGAUAAGGAAAAAAUUAUGUCCAUGGCAAAAAAAAUGAUGAAUAUUGAAAAAAACAUUCAUGUUAAAAUGAAUAAUGAUAUUGUCUGCAAUGUAAAGAAAUUAAGUUAUGAAUCUGUUUUUUUCGAAAUAGAUUCAAAGCAUGAUCUUUUGUUCUUAGAAAAAAUAAAUAAAAACAAAUCAUACCUUUUAAACAUUCCAAUAAUAAUAGAUAUCACAUUGUUUGUUAAUAAAAGUGAUGAUGAAAAGGAUAAGACGAAUAAGAUAACGACAGGGGGGAUAAGUAAAAUGCAUAAUGACAAUAAUAUGAAAAUAAUAAAUAAAAGAAAAAAUAUAAAUAAUAAUUAUGAUAAUAAUUGUGGUAAUAAUUGUGAUGAUAAUUAUGAUAAUAAUUGUGAUGAUAAUCAUGAUAAUAAUUGUGAUAAUAAUUGUGAUAAUAAUUGUGAUAAUAAUUGUGAUAAUAAUUAUGAUAAUAAUCAUGAUAAUAAUCAUGAUAAUAAUCAUACAAAUAACCAACACAAUAAUAAUAUUUGUUGUACAAACCUUUUACAACUUCAUAAGAGAGAAGAAAAAGAUAGAGACUCUUCUAUUCAUCAUGCCUCAAAUUGUUAUGAGGAAGAAAUAAAUUUACAUUUCAUUUUUUGUUUAACACUCCCUUGCCUAAUAACAAAUAUAUAUUUUUUAAAUUAUAACAAAGUAACGACAGAAGAAACGAAAAGCAUGAUAAUAGAAUUACUAAAUAAAAAUAAAUUUUUAAAAAUUAAUUAUAGCAUAUCUAAAAUUCCUUAUAUAACAAUAAAUAAGAAAGAAGGGAAAAUAAAUUCGCAAGAAAAAGAUAUAAUUACCAUUACCCUGAAAUGUAAUGUCAUAAAAAAGAUUAAUGAAUAUAUGUAUAUUUUUUUUUGUAAUAAUUUAUAUUUUUUUGUUAUUUUUAUAAAUGGAGAAGUAACACAAAUAUCCAACAUUAACGAUGAUAAUAUGCUUACAAUAAAAAAUAUAAAAAAUAUUUAUGAUAACAACAUGUGUGAUGAAAAAGGUAUUACAAAUAAUGAUAAUACUUAUAUAUUAAAUAAUAAAAGUCUUUUAAAAAAAAAAAAAGAAAAGAGAUAUACAGAUGAUCAUAAUAAUAAUAAUAAUGAUCAUGAUGAUAAGAUAUUUGAACGCAUUCUUAAAAAUGUAGAAUGUAAUAAAGUCAAUAGACAUUUAUAUGAACAAGAUGAACAAGUAGAUAAAUAUAAAUAUAAUGAACAUUUUAUUAAUUAUUUAAAAAAUAAUAAAAAAAAAUAUAACGAUGUUUUGAAAUAUAUGUACAAAAAAAGACAUAAUUCAAAACAUAAUAUUCUACUUAAGGAUAAUAUAAAAAAUAAGGAGUCUAUGAUAAUUAAAAAAAAUUCUUCUUAUAAUUUAAAAUUUUCUGAAGAUAAUAAUAUAAACAAAGAAUAUAAUAUAGAUCAUAAAAGAACAAAUGUUUUAAAGGAUAUAUAUAUAUAUGUAAAUGAAGAAUAUAUAAAUAAAAUUACAAAUAUAUAUAUACCUCAACAUUUCUAUGAAGAAAAAAGAAAACAAUAUAUAAAUAUGAAAAAAAAAAAUAAUAAACAAUAUUUAGUGGGAACAAUGAAAAAAGAAAAAUAUUUAAAUCAAUCCUUAUGUUUAAAAAAAAAUAAUAAAAUAAAUAAUAUUAAUAUUAUUAAUAAUGAUGAUAAUUUUCAAAAUGUACAAAUUAUAAAACAAUAUUUAAUAUAUCCACAAAUUAUUCAUUUUAAUUAUAUACUAUUAAAUAAAGAAUUUGAAACGUUUAUUCAUUUACAUAAUACUAAUUCUAUACAUCCAAUAAACAUAUAUUUUUUUUUCCAUAGUGAUAAUAUAAAAAUUACUUAUCCUGAAGAAACAAAAACCACAUGUCAUAACAAAAUUAAUGAUAGCAACAUAUGUACUCCUUAUCAAAGUACCAAAGUUACCAUAAAACAGAAUACACAACAAAAAAUAUGCGUCACACUUAAUUUAAAAAAUUAUAAUAUUUUUAAUAAUCAAAAGAAUAAAAAAUGUUCUUUCUCUCAAUCAGAAAAUAUGGAUAAUGAAGAAGAACAAAAAAUAUGUAACCAUAUUAUUUCAAAAAGAAAUAUUAAAAAUAAGGAGCAUCAUAAUUAUUUAGAUGAUACUUAUAAAGAUGAACCAUAUAAUAUAUAUCAUCAUAAAACAACACCUUUCUUUGAAAUAUAUAUUUAUUAUGAAUAUAUCUCCAUAAAAACUCAAGAUCAUUAUGAUAUAGACAAAAUAAAAGUCCAAGCUAACUUAAUAUUAUUAAAUCUUUUUAUAAAUACUAACAUAUUAUAUUUUUCUAUUACAAAUAUGGAUAUAGACAUGUUUUAUCAUAACUAUUUAGUUAUAUACAAUCCGUUUAAUAUCACAAUUCAGAUGAAAUUAAAAUAUAAUGAGCAAGUCUUAAAAAUGAAGGACCAUAUAAGUAUAUAUCCUGGUGAAUACAAAAUGGUUCCAGUACAAUUUAUUACCAGCGAAGCAACAGCUUGUGUAGAAGAAUUUAUUUAUGUAUACUUGGAUGACUUUAGAUUAUACAAAAGCAUAAAAUGUAAGUGCUUUCCAUCCCCGUGUAGCUAUAAAAUUAAUGUGAAUGAAAUCAAUUUUGAUAAUGUCCUUUUAAAUAGAAACUAUUUAAAAAGCUUUUACAUAACAAACACAAGUAACUUUCCACUUGUAUUUAUGUGUGUUUAUAAACCCCCAUAUGUUCAUGUCCUUGCGAAACGUAAUUAUGCUAAUAAAAAUGAAAAAAUAAAAAUUACCAUAUUAAUAAAUGUAAAAGAAGAAAUAAAAAUAAAAGAUAAACUUAUAUUCUAUGUGAGGCAAAGGGAAAAUCUAAUUCUACCUAUAAGUGUCAAGUUAACCCAGUCCAAUAUAGUGAUCGUGAAUUGUCCAGAUAUUAUUCAAGAAAGCAUGGAACGUAAAAGGUACAACAUCAAUAUUUUAAACAAAGGGAUGUACGAAGAAAGCGUUAUUAUAAAUUUCAACGAAAUUCCAUUUUUGAAUAUAAAUAUAGAAGAUGAGGAUACAGGAAACAAAUUAAAUUAUAUAAACUAUAAAAACAAAGAAUAUAAACAUAGUGAAGAGAAAAAAAGAAAUACAUUUGUUAAUAUAUAUAAUUUAGAAUAUGAUAAUAAUAUUAUAAUAGAUGAAUAUAUAAAAUAUUAUUAUAAUGAAUUUAUUUUAUUAUAUAAUAAUUUAUGUAAUAAUAAUUAUAAAAUAAAAGGUAUACUUCAUAUUUCAUCAGAUCAAAAAUGUUUACAAAAUUGUUAUAAAAUUAUAAUUCCACAUAAUACAUUUAUAACUUUAAUGAUUGAAUGUUAUAUAAAUAAAAUAUAUGAAACAGAUUUAUAUUUAUAUCAACAUGUAUUAUUAAAUUUAAACAAUCCAUUUGUCAAAGAUGAAUAUUAUAAAGAUAAAUUAAAAAUUAAUAUAAAAAAUGAAUAUUUAAAAUUUACUCCUUCUUAUCUUUACUUUGAAAAUAUAUUAUUAUGUAGUUCGGAGAAAUAUUUAAUCACUUCUUUUCAAAAGACUAUAACAAAAAAAAUACAAAUAAUAAAUGUGUAUCAUCAAAAUUUAAAAUGUACUGUAAAGAUAUGUCCUUAUAAUAAAGAACAGACAAAAACAUCACAGCCUGUCAAAGUAUCUAGUAAUAAUAAUAAUAAUAAUAAUAAUAAUAAUAGUAUUAUACCAAGCGAUCAUGAUAUGAUAUGUACACAUUCCACUUGGUAUGAAAAUAAUCAUACAAAAAAAAAACAACAUUAUAUAGACAUAAGCAAUGUACCAGAUAUUUUAAAAGUUAACGAAGAGUCUUAUAUAAAUAUAAAAGUUGAUAAUAUAGAAAAAGAAGGAAGAUAUGUGGAAAUGUUAGAAAUAUGUGCAGAAAGUGUUAAUAAAAAAGAAAAUGAAGAAAAAAUAAAAUAUUCUUUAUAUAUACUUAUCAAUUGUAAAGAUGUUAAAUUAUAUUUCGAUGUUUCAUAUAUUAAUAUUAUACAUAAUAAAUUAAAUCAAUAUAAUUAUUUCUCUUUCCAUAUAUAUAAUGAUGGUUAUAAUUAUGUAAGAGCCAAUUAUCUUUUUAAUAAUAUAUUUAAAGAACACUUUUUCUUAGAUCUACAAUUUUUACCAAACAACCAACUAAAUAAAAAAAACAAAAAAAUCAAAGUUCUUUUGAAAUAUCUAUCAAAAAUUAAUAUCCAGCUUAAAACAUUUAUUACGAUAACUGUAAUGGACCAUGAAAAAUAUGACAUACCUUUGUUCAUAAAUAUACACGAGGAAAUUGAUUAUCUCAUGGAAAAGGAAAAUAAACAUAAGCAGAAUUACACACAUUGUCAUAAUUACACACAUGGUCAUAAUUACACACAUGGUCAUAAUUAUUUACACGAAACGGACGAGUUAUACGAAAAACAUAAUGGGAAUGAAAAUAGUGAUGACAUAAAACAUCCUUAUCCUUAUGAUAGAGAAAUAAAAAGUGAAGGGUCUACAAAUAAAUCCCAUAUAUUAUCAUCACACCUGUCAGGUGAUCACAAAGAUGAAAUUCCUAUUAUAAAUAAUAAUAAAAAAAAAAACAUAAGUUAUUUUACUAAAGAAGAAGAAUUUGCCUUAUAUAAUAAUAUGUCUAUACCAUAUAGUCUUAAAUAUAAACAAAAUAAGAAAAUGGAUGUAGACGAAAAUCAAAACAUGUUAUCCUUUUAUCGAAAAAAUAUGGAAGAGUCAAGUAAUAUAUAUACUAAUAUAUUUAAAAAUUUACAAAUUGAUAAUAUAAGAAAUCCUUAUUAUAAUACAAAUGAAGAAGGAAUAAUAAAUUUAAAAGAAAUUGUACAUGAUUAUAUGUUCAUAUUUCUUCAACAUAUUAUCAUCAAUAAAAAUUAUUUUCCACAAAUAAUUGAAAACACUAAUGACUUAUAUGUAUUUUUCUUAAACAUUUUAUAUGAUCUAUCUUUUAUAUUUAAUAGUAACAAGAAUAUACAAAAUAUAAUAAAUGAACUAAAAGCAUAUGAGCAUAUGCAAAAUGGUAGUGUUGACGAAAAUGAAUUUAUAAAAAAUAUGAAAACUCUAACAGAAUUGUUGAACCAAGAGAAGUUACUAAUAAAUCAUAUAAUGUAUGAAAAUUUACUACCUCUUCAUUUGUACCUACACCAUAUUUUUAAUAACAUUCCAGAAUACUUUUAUAUAAAAAAAGAAAGUGAUAAAAAGGAAAAAUGCAAGGAAAUAAACAAUUUAGACAACACAAUAUUAUAUGAUAAUAAAAAUGAUAUAGAUGAAGAAGAAUAUAAUAAGGAAAAAAACAAAUUUCUAAAUAUAUCUGAUAUACAAUCAUUUUUAAAAAAUGACAAUUAUAAAGGAGAUAAUAAUAUUUUUUAUUUAGAUAAUAUAUUUAAAACAUAUGUUAAAUUAUUUAUAUAUUCUUGGAUCACCAUAUUCUUAGAUAUUAUUUUUAAGAAAAUCUUUUCUUUCAUAAAUAUUACAUCGUUAUAUAAUUCGAGAGGUACUAAAUUAUGUACUCUUGAAAAUAAUAUAUAUGAAAAUAUUAAUAUCCAUAAAAUAAAUUAUCUUAUAGUAUUAAAUAUAGAAAACAAAAAAAUUAACACGUAUACAUAUUCCUGUACAAAUGAAAAAACACAAAAAUGCAUAGUUAAAAAAAAAUGUAUAGACGAAAAAAAAAAGGAAAAUGCAAAUAUAAAUGUAAAGGAGUUAUCAUUUAAUAAUCAUAAAAACAAUGAAGAUUUAAAUAUACAAGAAAAAGCAUACUUUCAUUUUUAUCAAAAUAAUUUUAUCGACAUAAAGGAAGUGCUUCAUAAAAUUGGACAAUCCACAGACACAGAUCACUCAAAAAAAAACCAAGAAAUAAAAGAAACAAAAGAAAUAAAAGUAACAAAAGAAAUAAAAGUAACAAAAGAAAUAAAAGUAACAAAAAAUAAGGAUUCUUAUCAUACAAACAAUCUUUAUAAUAAUACUAACAAUUUCAAAAACACGGUGAAGGAAAAAAAACAAAUCAAUAAAACUUUAAAAAAGGAGACACACAAAAUAUUAAAUCAAAAAAAAAAAAAAAAAAAUACCAAUAUAGAUGAAGACAAAAAGAAAACUACUGAAAGCUCUACAUAUACAGAGAAAUAUGAACAUAAUAAGCAUCUGAACAUUAAAGUUCAAACAAAUAUAAAUUAUUAUAGAAAGAUAGAAGUUAUUUUAUAUGAAUGGUUAUAUUUUCAUUAUAAUAAUGUAUAUAACACCAAAGUAAAAAAACAAAAAUUUAUAUUUACCCAACAAAAAAAAGACAUAUCAAAACAUAACAAGUUAUAUCUUCAGUAUGAUCAAAAUAAAAGAAACUCUGAAAUAGAACAUACAAAUCACAAAGAAGAUUAUUCGAUGUGCGACAAUGUGAUAACAAGCAAAAUGAGCCACAUAUCUAAUAUGGAUAAUCAAUAUGGUAAUAAUAUUACAUGUGAUAUACCCUUUUUUGUUGAGAAAAAAACGAACAAGAAGAAGAAGACGAAGAAAAAAAAAAAAAAAAAAAAAAAAAAAAAUAUUUUUAAAAAAAAGAAAGAAUUCAUCACAAGUUUAUAUGAAUUAAAUGAUUUUGUUAUUAUUAUAUAUACUAUAAUUUCUCAUAUUCCUUAUUUUUUAUUUUUUAAAAAUAAAAUUAAAGACCCAUGUAAAUGUCAAAAAGAUUAUUUAUAUAACAUAGACAUACUAUUAUUAAUUUUGAACACCAUUAAAUUAAAUAAUUUAAUAAGUAGAAAUGUAUUAAUACAAUUUAAUUAUGUUCAUAUAUUUAUAUUCUUAUCAUCCUUAUAUAUCAUAUUACCAAAUUAUAUUCCAAAUUAUUAUUUAAUUCUAGAUGAUUUCUCAUCAUAUAAAAAUGACGUAAGGGUAAUAAAAGGAAAUUUACAGAAAAACACAAGGACAAAUAAAUUAAAGCAACUUCAUAUGAAUAAUAAAAAAAAGAAUAACAAUAAUAAAAAUACAAGUGAUAACCAUGUUCAUAAUAAUUAUAAUCAAGAAAAACAAACAAAAAAAAAUAUUACAUGUGAUGAAAAAAUUAAUGAACGAAUUAUUUACAUAUAUAAUUCUAAUAAAUACAUGUGUUCAUAUGAUAUUUUUUUGAUAGGAUCGAACAAAUAUACUAUUGAUAAAAAUCAUAUAACUAUACAUUCAAUGAAGCAUGAAGAAAUAACCAUAUCCAUUGAUCCACAUUAUGAUGACCAUAUUAUUAAAUAUGAUUGUAAUAACGAGAUUUAUUUAAAAGAUAUUAAUAAAAUAAAAUAUAAAAAAAAGGAUAAAAGUUCUGAACAUACUAAUAGUGAGAACCGAUUUUCCGAUAGUAGUAAAAAUUAUUCAUCAUUAUCGUCAUCAUUAUCGUCAUCUUUAUCGUCAUCGUUAUCGUCGUCAUUAUCGUCAUCACUAUCGUCAUCACUAUCGUCAUCAUUAUCGUCAUCAUUAUCGUCAUCUUUAUCAUCUUCCAAUUCUUAUAUUCAUUCUCGGUGUGACUCAUCAAAUAUUCCUAAAAACAUAGACACAAAUAAAACAAAUUCAAAACAUAUAAAACACAUACAUUCUGAUAAAAGUAACAACUAUUCAAUUCUUGUUUUGAGGGAAUCAAACUAUAAUUUAUUGGAUUUAAAAACGGCAGAGGAAAAAUUCAUUUGCAUAAAAAUUAUAGAGGGGAAUAAUGAAGACUCGGAAAAAUCACUUUUGGGGAGGAACAAAAAUAAUAUAAAAAAUAAGGAUAACGAAUAUAAUUCGGUAUAUGAUAAAACAAAAGAGAGACAAAUAAAAGGUGAUAUACAUAAGAAUAAUAAUUCUUCAGAUUGUGGCGAGAUGAAUAUUAUUUUAAAUGAUAGUGAAGUGAAAUAUAUUAAUUUUAAAGGUAUGGUGUAUGAAAAAAAAAAUAUCCAAAUAAAUAUGAUAAAUAAUUUCGAUAGAAAAGUGGAGGUUACAACAAAUGUUUAUCAUAUAUAUUUAAAUAAUAGAAAAAAGGAAAUUAAGAAAAAAGAAAAUUUUGAUAAGGAUAUAUAUAAUUUGAAACAUACAAAAGUUGAGGAAAAUAACAUACAUAAUAAUAAUAAUAAUAAUAAUAAUAAUAGUAGUAUUCCUUUUAAUGCUAAUUAUGAUAUGUACUAUGAAUGUGAUGCCUGUACAAAUAUAAAUAAUCAUCUAAAAGCAUAUAUAAAUAAAGAUGAUAUAAAUUUUCAGUGUGUUUCUCUAGAUAAAGAAAAGAAUAUAUAUAUUGGUAAAGAUAAUGGUAAUAAUAAAAUAAAUUUUCAUUUUUCUCCUUUUUUUCAAGGUACGUAUUAUUGUUUUCUUUUAUUUUAUGUUUUAUGUACAAAAACAAAAUUGCUUUUAUCAACUUGUAAAAUCAAUUGUGUCUUUUAUAUAAAUUACAUAAAACCAGAAGAAGUUAUUAAAAUAAAUUAUAAAUCUUAUAACUUUACAUAUGAUCUUAUUUUAAGACCACUGAAUAAACAAUUCUUAAAAAGUAUUUAUUACAUUUUAUGUAAAUUAAAUAAUAGCAGUAAUAAUGUUUUUUUUUCAAUUUAUAUAAAGCGAUAUUUAGACAAUAUAUAUAUGAAUAAAGAGAACUUUUUUAUUUUAUGUGACUCUAUUAAAAAAGUAAAAAUUAAAGAUAAGAAAAUAUCAUUCAACAAUUUUAACUAUACAAAAUAUUUUAAAGAUGAUAUAAUAAAUAAAAAUAUAGACAUUGAUCUAUUAUGUGAUAUGAUAAAAAGGGAUGUCACGUAUUCUUGUAAAUUAGAAAUAAAUGAAGAAAUGAAUGGUGUGUUUGAAUAUAACUUUUAUCUUUUAAAGGGGAAACAAUACAAUGUAGAAAAUUGUUUAUUCAUGAUAAAAGAUGGAGGUGAAAAUUAUGUAAACGACCAAGUGUCACUAUAUAUAAAUGGGAACAAAAAUGUGAAUAAUAUGUUUUCCCCUCCAAAAAAUAAUAAUGUCAACAGUAUGAAUAAUAAUAAUGAUGAUGAUAAUGAUGACAAUAAUGAUGACAAUAAUGAUGAUAAUAAUAAUAAUAAUCAUAAUAAUAAUAAUCAUAAUAAUAAUAAUCAUAAUAAUAAUCAUAAUAAUAAUAAUAAUAAUCAUAAUAAUAAUUAUUAUUAUUAUAAUUCCUGUGAUGGUGAUGAACUUGUACCGUUGUGUAAACCAAAGGGACCAGAUAAUUACCAUUAUUGUGAUGUUAAGCUAUAUAAAAUAAUAUGCAAUGUCAAUGAUGAAAAUAAUAUAAGAACAAUUAAUAUAAAUAUUAAAGCCGGUAUAGUAUACAAAAAAUAUAUUCCUUUAUAUAAUUAUACUAAUAAUAAUAUUACAUAUAAAUGUGCUUUUUCCGAAAUUAUCAAUGAUAAAAAUAUGAUUAUUAAUUAUAAUAUAUUUACUUGUGAUGAACUUGUUAAAUUAAAAAAAGAUAUGGAAAUCUUCAAUUUUGAAGUUACAUGUUUUUGUCCUGUAGGUGGAAUAAAAUACAAUUCAUUUUUUAUCUUAACAAAUGUACUUAAUGAACAAGAUAAAAUAAAAAUAAAAAUUCAAGGAUAUAUAUCAAAACCUCUUCCUAGAGAAAAUAUACAAAUAAAUGUUUUAAAUAAAAUAAAAAAAAAUAUACAAAUCGAAAUUUUCAAUGAAUUAGAUAUUCCUUGUGAAUUCAAAAUAUAUUCUGACUUGUUCAUAUUAUUUGGAGAAAAAAAAAAAAUUGAAAUGAUGCCUAAACAAAAAAAGCUAUAUACAUUUUUUAUAAAAAGUGCACAUAUUGGUGAAUUUAUUGGGUGUCUUAUAUUCAAAUUUUAUAAAUAUAAAGAUACAAAUAAUGAAAAUAAUGCUUCCUUUUUUUCUGAUUAUUUUUUCUGGUAUAGGUUAAAUAUUGUAGUACAAUUAAAUGAACCUAUGAAAAUUUUAUAUCUAGAAACUUUUAUAGGACAAGAAAUCACAAAAGAUAUUAUUAUAAAAAAUAAUGCAAAUCAAAAAGAAGAAUAUUUCUUGUUAUUAUAUAUCAAUGAAUAUAUCGAAAAAAAACAAAUACAAAUAGAAAAGAAUGAUAUAUAUAUUUAUAAAAUUAUAUAUUUGCCUUAUAUACCUAAUUAUUUUUAUAAUGUCGAAACAUCAAGUUGUUCACAUUCUAAAACUUUAACGGGGGAAGAAAAUAAUAAUUAUUCAAAUGAGUUUCAUGAAAGCAAGCAAUUGUUUAUGGAUAAGGGAGAAUAUGCAUCUGAUCAUUUCAUACACAAUGAAGAUGAAAAAAAUGAAAAAAUGAAAAAUUAUUCAUUAAAAAACUACAUAGGAGAUAUAAUAAAUAGUCAAAGCAAUAAUCAUGUACAACAUAAUAAUCAUAUUAUAAACAGUCUGCACAAUUUUUAUUAUUCAAAAGGGGAAUAUAAUAAUAUGCCACAAUGUUUACAUAAAUCAAAAAAUAAAGACACAUUUACACAAGAGUACGAAGAAAAUAAUGUUAAUACAAGUGACCUUCUUUUUGAACAUAAACAAAAAAAGAACUUUCAAUCAAAAGAAAAACAAAUAUUUGAAGAAUUAAUUAACUAUUGUAAAAAUAAGUAUAUUAAUAUAAAUGAUAUCAAUUAUGAUAAUCAUAAUAUCGGUUUCUUUUUUAUAUAUAAUAAAAAACAAGGAAUCAAUUAUUAUAUUUUAAUAUUACUAUCCAAAUUUAAAAAUAAAUUGAUAAUAAAUAACUUUUAUACAAGUUUGUCAAAGGCAUGUUAUAUAAAUAUUCAUUUCCAUUUUCAACAUGAACAAGAAAGACAAGUGAAACAAUUACAAGAAAAAGAUAAACAAAAAAAAUUACAUAGUUUUUCAUAUGAAAUAAUCGAAAAAAUGGACAAAAUGGACAAAAUGGAAAAAAUAGAAAAAGGGGAAAAUAAAAAUAAAAAUAAAAAUAACAUAUAUAGUGCAUCAUAUGAUAUAUGUUCAAAUAAUGAUCAACCCUUUUCUUCUUCUACACAUGAUGUUUAUAAGAAUCAUUUAAAAAAUUCAUUAUUAGAUUCAUAUGGACAAAAUCAUUCUUCAAAUAUUAAAUGUAUAUAUUUGAGCAAUAAAAUUAAUUAUUCUAUUUUACAAAAUGAAGAUAAAUCAAGUAAUAAAAUUGUUAUUAAAUACAAACCAACAAUGGAAACAUCUCAAGAUUGUUAUAUAAUCAUAAGAAAUAAUUUAUAUGGAGAUUUUAUUUAUUUUAUGAAAGGAAUGUAUGUUGUGAAAAAAAAAAUAAAAGAACAAAUGGUUUUGUAUAACUCCUCUUCUUUGUACCGUUUCGCUAUAAAUUUGUUCAACCCUUUUAGUUGUAAUGUAUGCGUUAAAUGUGGUCUAAAAGAAAACAAAAUAACAAAUAAAAAUAAUAAGAAAAUUAUAAAAAAUAUAAAAUAUAUGAAAAAUAUAAAAAAUCACAACGUACAUAAUAAUAAUACCAACACUGUAAAUAAGAAAAACAAACACAAGAGCUCACGUUUUAAGGGAAACCAAUUAUUAUUAAAUAACAAAAAAAAUUAUUUCCUAAUUAUCAAUAAUGAAAAUUUUAUAAUUAAAGACAAAAAGGAUUUUCCUCUACUUAUUAUAUCCUUCUGUAAAUAUGAACCAUCACAUCAUAAAACCUUAAUCGUAAAGUUACAACCAAUUUAUAAUAAGAAUAUGAAUAACAAACAAAUUCCUUAUAUUAUAUAUGAAUAUAGUCUAGUUUUUAAUAAAACAAACCAACAAAAAAAUCAAAUAAAAAGUAAUACAUUAAAUCAUUUUGUCUUAUCCGAUUUGUAUAAAAACGAAUCACUGACACAUGAAUAUCAAACUACAGAAAAUGAGGAAAAUGAAAAUGAUGUGGAGGAAUGUCAAGUGAAUAUACACGAGUCAAAUGAAAACGAAAAUGACAUGUGCGAGUCAGGUGAAAACGAAAAUGACAUGUGCGAGUCAGGUGAAAAUGAAAAUAAUAUUUGCGAGUCAGGUGAAAAUGAAAAUAAUAUUUGCGAGACAGCUGAAAAUGAAUCUAUUAGCAUGUACGAGUCAGGUGACAAAUAUACCACAGAUAGCCAAAAGAGCGAUACUGCAAAUGAGUUAUCCAUUGGAGAGUUAAGAAGAGAAUAUACAGAUAAAAUGAGUAUGAGUCAAAAUGGAAACGACGAUAAGAGCAAAUAUGAUUAUUCUUAUGAUGAUGAUUGUUAUUUAAUAAAUGGUAAUGAUAUAAUUUAUUACGAUAAAAAGAUAUUUGUUGAAAGUAUUUGUAAAAAGAAAACGUGUGUACGAAUAUACAUAGACAAAAAGAAAAUGAGAGAAAGUCAAAAUUAUGAUAGUUUAAUGGAUGAUUUAGAAAUAUGUAAAAAGAAAAAGUGCAUGUUGCACAGAAAUGUUGAAAAGGAUGAAUGGAAUUAUAAAAUAUAUUUAAUAAAAUUAACAAAUGUGUAUAAUAAUAAUAAUAAUAAUAAUAAUAGUGAUGAUAUAGUAAAUAAGCGGAUGAUCACAAUGAAUAAUAUAUUAUUUGAAAUGAAUGAUGAAAUGUUAAAUGAUUAUAUUUAUGUAAAUGUAAUAGAAGAUACGGAAGAAGGAUUAUUAAUAGAUAUAGAGUUGUUGGCCUAUUUACCUUUUCACUGUAAUUUUUUUCUAAUGAUUAAAAAAAAAAUGAAAGAAAAGAUAAAUGGAGAUAAGAAGGGUAUAAAUAUUUUAUCAGAAACUUGUAAUGGGAAGGACAUUAAUAUAUUACCUGAAUAUAAAGAUAAUAAUAAAUAUAUAAUAAAUGGUGUUGAAAAAAAUUGUAUAUUUGUUGAAAUAUUUAAUUACCUUAGAAUAUGUAGUAAAUAUAUAAAUAUUUUUGUUGAUAAGAAUUUAUGUUCAGAAAAGAAGUUAAAUAUAUAUUACAAAAAUAAUAGUGAUUCUUAUUUUAAUGCAUAUAUGAUAAAUUACAAUGAAUAUAGUACAGAUGACGUUAUGGAUGAGAUAUUAAAUUAUGAUAUAAAACCUUCUUCAGGUGUAUUAAAACAUAAUAAAUAUAAUAAAUUUAUAAUUAUAAGGACAAACAAAAAUGGCGUGGUAAAUAUGAAUAACAUUUUCCUUCUCUUGAUAAAAACGGAAAGAAAAAUUUUUUCUUACAUCAUAUUUUCUCAUUACAAGCAUACAAGAACCAUAUGUACAAUGGAUGAGUAUAAUAAGAUAUAUGAUAUAAUGAAUGAAAACAAAAAAAAAUUCAGCGAAGUUUUUAAUACAUUCAAGGAAGAAAAAAAAGAAAGUGUCGUUUUUAAUGAAAGGAACCAAAUUAUUAUUGAAGAUAUACAAAAGUCAACAAAUGAAAUUCAAAAUAUUUAA